AAACCGUAGAUGGUACAAAGUACAAUUCAAUCCAAAGAGAUCAGGCCGUGAUUAGAUUGGUCGGAAGAAGGAAUGGGUCAAAGUAAAUCCAAAACAGGAUAUAUUCUAUAACGUAAUGACAUAACCACCCCUGUAUUUUUCUAUUUUUGCUUGUUUUUCAAAAAGAAUUGAGGAUAGAAUGGGGCUUUCAACUAUGAAAUUAAUUUUUCCUUCGAUCCCGAAAUAUCAGCCGUUGGAUGCGGUGCACAUAGCAAAGAUGAAGAUCACGUCGCUUAAACGUUGUACAAAAUCUCUCUACUCGGAACCAACAUCCCUUAAACUUGGGUAGAAACUUGUUCCCUUUUCUCUUUUUUUAUUUAUCUCUCUUUAAUCUGUCACUAUUUCUUUUUGUUAUAUAUAACAGUUGAUUCUUGAUCCAAGAACAAUAUCUUCUUCCUUCAUAACAUAGUGACAUCAUCACUCUGUUCUCAAGCUUGUUCCUGGUCCACCACCACCAUCACUUACUCCUCUUUCAAAUUCGUUACACACUUUCUCACAAAUUAAAUCAUUUUAAAAGUUUUUAAGUUGGAGAAAAUCACCAAAUCCACCUAAACCCAUUUCUUUAAAUCAUUUCAUUUCUAUUACCGUGGCAUUAAAGAAAAAACCACAUAAUCUUCCAGCUCAGUAUAAUGACAGAGAUCGAUUUAGAACAAGGAGCGGCGUACGGUUAUCACCGCCGCUCGUUCGGUGGAAGUGACGUCAGCGUAUAUUAUUCAGACGGGGAGGACAUGACGUCAUGUUACUCAUACUUCUAUUCGACCACGGGAGUAGGACCGUACGAAUACGAAGGAGGAGAGUCGAGGAAAGUGUCGUCCGUGAUGAGUUCCUCGGAGAUGGAUGAUGAUGGGGGUGAUGAUGCGACGGCGCUGCCGGAGAAAGACUGUAGGAUAUGUCAUUUAGGGGUGGCGGAAACGAGCGGUGGAGGUGCGAUGGAGUUAGGGUGUUCGUGUAAGGAAGAUUUGGCUAUUGCUCAUAGACAAUGUGCCGAAACUUGGUUCAAGAUCAAAGGCGACAAAAUCUGCGAGAUUUGUCAAUCGGUAGCGAAAAACGUGGGCGGUGCAAACGAGAUGGUUACGUCAACAGUGGACGAAAGAGAGGUGAGAAACGGUGGAGGCGGUGAGGAGACUGCGGCCGUAGCAGCAGCAAUGGCGAUAGAGAACAGGUGGCAGCCACAGAGAGUGGUGAAUAUAGUGUUAGCUUGUAUGGUCUUUGGCUUCGUCGUGUCAUGGCUCUUCCACUUCCAUGUUUCAUCUUCUUCUUGAAACUUUUACAUACGCUCUUUCUUUGCAUUCAAACAACAUAUUUUUACCAUAUAUCAAAAGAGUUUUUGAUUCUUUGUAUAUAUGUAAACAAACAAAAACUAUUUACUCUUUGCAACCGAAACCUUUUUGUUAUAAAUAAAUAAAUAAUGAUUAAAUCUGGAGAGGAUAAUAAAAGCAA